CACUAGCCGAGCAGGACAGUACGAUGCCGCGGAUGCUAGAGGAAUAAGCCGGCGCGUCUCCUCCCCACGGAUGUAGGAAUAGUCCAGUAGAAUAGAGCCAAGAAAGCAGUCACCAUGUUGGGCCGUGCAGAGUUGGCGUUCUGUGUGGCGUUGUGUUGCCUUCCUAUGGUUUCCUAUUCCUGCCCUUCUCAGUGCAGCUGCUUCUAUCAUAAGCUGAGUGAUGGCUCCAAGGCAAGGAGCGUCCUCUGCAAUGACCCAGAGAUCACUUUCAUCCCAACCAACUUCCCACUGGACACGUCCAAGCUGCGCAUUGAGAAGACGGCCAUCACACGUAUCACCAGCCAGACCUUCCAUUACCUCAGCAACCUGGAGUUCCUGUGGAUGUCCUUCAACUCACUCUCCUCCCUGAACGUGGACAGUUUCCGUGGGCUUUCCAGCCUGGAUGAGCUGCGACUGGAUGGGAACGCGCUCACCUCCUUCCCCUGGGAGUCCCUGACGGACGUGCCCAACCUGCGUCUCCUGGACCUCCACAACAACAAGAUCACGGCCAUCCCCAGUGAGGCCACCCUCUACAUCAAGAACCUCACCUACCUGGAUCUGUCCAGCAAUAGCCUGACCACCGUGCCCACUGACGUCCUCAGCACAUGGCUCAAUGUGAAACCCUCCAUAGACCUGGACAGCUCCAAGAUGAUUUUGGGUCUGCAUGACAACCCUUGGAUUUGUGACUGCCGCCUCUUUGACCUGGGGCAGUUCCAGAAGAGCCCGUCAUCGGCGGUGGCGUUCAUCGACACCCGCCUGCGCUGCGCCGAGCCCGAGAGCCUGUCCGGCGUGCUGUUCGGCGACGCCGAGCUGCGGCGCUGCCAGGCCCCGCGCGUGCACACGGCCGUGGCGCGGGUCCGCAGCUCGGUGGGCAACAACGUGCUGCUGCGCUGCGGCACCGUCGGCGUUCCCAUCCCCGAGCUCUCGUGGAGCCGCGCCGACGGCAAGCCCAUGAACGGCACAGUCGAGCAAGAGGUAUCGAAGGAGGGCAUCAUCUGGUCUAUCCUAAGUGUGCCGGCCGUGUCCUACCGCGACUCGGGGAAGUACGUCUGCACGGCUACUAACUUUGUGGACACCGCGGACGCCAUCAUCUCCCUUGUCAUCUCGGACACGUUCCGCUCCGAGGAGGUCGUGUCCUCGGGCUCUCGGAAGAACCGGGGCAAGAAGGGCGGCAGCGGGAUGGGCCGUGCCGCCUACCAGGAGAAGCUGAUCGCCCGCUACAUGCCCCCGUCCACCACGUCCGGCUCGGUGCCCAUCAUUGAGCCGCUGGGCACUGGCCGCGGGUCGCUGAAAAUCGAAAGCUAUAGUGUCUCGGACGGCGUGUCAGAGGGCCAGACCACAGGCGGUUCGACGGUCAUGGAUGGCUCGUCCAUGGAGAUCGCCAAGGAGGUGCUGUCCAACCUGGCGGCCAACGCCUCGUCCCUGCAGCAGGGCCCCGAGCGGCGGAUUGUGCGCUCGGUCAAGGUCAUCGGCGACACUGACCACACGGUGUCGCUCAACUGGCGCGCGCCCAUGGCCACCAACACCACGUCCUUCAGCGUGCUCUACGCCGUCUUCGGCGAGCGCGACAUGCGCCGCAUCAACGUGGAGCCCGGCAAGAACCGCAUCACGAUCGAGGGCCUGGUGCCCAAGACCAAGUACAUCGCAUGCGUCUGUGUCAAGGGCCUCAUCCCCAAGAAGGAGCAGUGCGUCAUCUUCUCCACGGACGAGGCGGCCAGCGCCAGUGGCACGCAGAAGCUCAUCAACGUGGUGGUCAUCACCGUGGCCUGCGUCAUCGCCGUGCCGCUCACGCUCAUCGUCUGCUGCGGUGCCCUCAAGCGCCGUCUGCAGAAGCUGCUCGGACGCAAGUCCAAGGACAUCCAGGACUCGUACGUCACGUUCGAGACGCUCUCGCCGGGCACCAAAGCCAAAGGGAUGGAAGGGGAAUACCUCACGCGACUCAACCCGGAUGAGUCCAACAGGCUCCUCUCGGCACGCUCCAGCGUGGACUCGGAGGCCACCGCCAGGACUGAAGGCCCUCCCAACGAGUACUUCUGCUAAUCCAACUGCCAGAGUGGACCGUUCUAAAGGCCAGAGGCCAGCACACCGAGCCACGCACUCACUUUUACAAACACUAAAACUGGCUCAACAACACAUUUGUGUUGUGUUGUAUGAUAAGAGUGAGGCCAGCUUUAACUGACCUGUAAACCCUUAUUGGCCGUUUGGUUCUCUGGAGGACAGGUGACCCAAUGCUGUGAAGGUGUUAGAAUGUGCCUGCAGGGCUAGUGGGAGCGAUGUUCAUUAAUGUUGCUGUAAAGUCAUUGAUGCAUAUUACUAUUUAUUUCAUAACCAAAUCACCCUCUGAUUGGUGCGCUGUGAUGAACAAAAGGGAACCUGAGGAAAAAAAAUAUUUCAUUUUUUCAUUUGACUACCUGUUUUUUUAUACGUCAUGCACUUUUUUGAGACAUAUACCCAUGUAGUGGUUUGUCUUUCAGAUGAUACUUUGCUAGAGUACCUGAAGCCCAUCUCAUUGAGAGGAUGGUACAUCCACAAUCCACUCAAAUAACUCAACAAGUACCUUCUUCUUUUAUCAGUGUUUGAUUCACAAAAAUGAAAAAAAAAAAAACUAGGCCCAGUAAACAACAAAAUAACUUUUUAAAAAUAUAAAUCUAUGUACUGUGUGAGUUAAUAUGCCAGGUCGACUGUGUUUCAAUUCUAACCUAGAAUAAUGUACAUAUUGUAUAAUCUCUAUUUAUCUCAUAAGAUCAUAUAAGUCUAAAUGUAUGAAGGAAUAAAUCUUUUUCUAUA